AUGGACUGGGAAGUGAUCCUUAUGGAAGACAUCCAGCCAGACCGAGAAGCAUCCAGGCCCCGGAGAAACAGGGGAUACACAGCCAGAGGGAGGACGGAGCAGAGGCCAGAGCCCAGUCGGGGUUCGGCCCCCGACCAGAAGGACCCUCGGCUGAGAGAGCAGCCCACGGGCCUGCAGUCCGACCCGUCCUCGAGAUCACGGGGGCACGACUUCUGGGGCGACUCACCCGAACAGCGGAACAGCGUCCGGGCGGGCCUGAGGCUGGGAUGCGGCGCUGCCUCCCCCGGACUCCGCCUGUGCUUUCAACAUCCUGGUCAGCCCUUCGCCACGAAUCCUGGCAUCCGGAGACAGUCCUGUGGACCCCGUGGAGAGGUCUCUGAAUUAAGACAACAGCUUCGAAUUCGGGGCCUGCCUGUGUCAGGCACCAAAACGGCCCUCAUGGACCGGCUUCGACCCUUCCAGGACUGCUCUGGCAACCCAGGGCCGAACUUUGGGGAUAUAACGACUGUCACUUUUCCUGUCACACCCAACACUCUGCCCAAUUACCAGACUUCUUCCACCAGUGCCCUCUCCAAUGGUUUCUACCACUUUGGCAGCACCAGCUCCAGCCCCCCGAUCUCCCCAGCCUCCUCUGACCUGUCGGUCACCAGGUCCCUGCCAGACACCUUCAAUGAUGCCUCCCCCUCCUUUGGCUUGCACCCAUCCCCAGUCCACGUGUGCACGGAGGAAAGUCUCAUGAGCAGCCUGAAUGGGGGCUCUGUUCCUUCUGAGCUGGAUGGGCUGGACUCCGAGAAGGACAAGAUGCUGGUGGAGAAGCAGAAGGUGAUCAAUGAACUCACCUGGAAACUCCAGCAAGAGCAGAGGAAGGUGGAGGAGCUGAGGAUGCAGCUUCAGAAGCAGAAAAGGAAUAACUGUUCAGAGAGGAAGCCGCUGCCUUUCCUGGCUGCCUCCAUCAAGCAGGAAGAGGCUGUCUCCAGCUGCCCUUUUGCAUCCCAAGUACCUGUAAAAAGACAAAGCAGCAGCUCAGAGUGUCAACCGCUGGCUUGUGAAGCGGCUCAACUCCAGCCUCUUGGAAAUGCUUAUUGUGUGGAGUCCUCAGAUCAAACCAAUGUACUUUCUUCCACAUUUCUCAGCCCCCAGUGUUCUCCUCAGCAUUCACCACUUGGGGUUGUGAAAAGCCCACAGCACACCAGUUUGCCCCCAUCACCCAACAACCCUCACUUUCUGCCCUCAUCCUCCGGGGCCCAGGGAGAAGGGCACAGGGUCUCCUCGCCCAUCAGCAGCCAGGUGUGCACUGCACAGAACUCAGGAGCUCACGAUGGCCAUCCUCCAAGCUUCUCUCCCCAUUCUUCCAGCCUCCACCCGCCCUUCUCAGGAGCCCAAGCAGACAGCAGUCACGGUGCUGGGGGCAACCCUUGUCCCAAAAGCCCAUGUGUACGGCAAAAGAUGGCUGGUUUACACUCUUCUGAUAAGGUGGGGCCAAAGUUUUCAAUUCUCCCAACUUUUUCUAAGGCAAGUUCAGCAAUUUCAGAGGUAACACAGCCUCCAUCCUAUGAAGAUGCCGUAAAGCAGCAAAUGACCCAGAGUCAGCAGAUGGAUGAACUCCCGGACGUGCUUAUUGAAAGUGGAGAAAUGCCAGACGCUAGAGAGGAUCACUCAUGUCUUCAAAAAGUCCCAAAGAUACCCAGAUCUUCCCAAAAUCCAACUGCUGUCCUCCCCAAGCCCUCGGCUUCCUUUGAACAAGCCUCUUCAGGCAGCCAGAUCCCCUUUGAUCCCUAUGCCACCGACAGUGAUGAGCAUCUUGAAGUCUUAGUAAAUUCCCAGAGCCCCCUAGGAAAGGUGAGUGAUGUCACCCUUCUAAAAAUUGGGAGCGAAGAACCUCAUUUUGAUGGGAUAAUGGAUGGAUUCUCUGGGAAGGCUGCAGAAGACCUCUUCAAUGCAUAUGAGAUCUUGCCAGGCCCCCUCUCUCCGAUGCAGACACAGUUUUCGCCCUCUUCUGUGGACAGCAGUGGGCUGCAGUUAAGCUUCACUGAAUCUCCUUGGGAAACCAUAGAGCGGCUGGACCUCACUCCGCCAAGUUCCACACCAGGCUUUAGCGCCCUCAGCACCAGCAGUCCCAGCAUCUUCAACAUCGAUUUCCUGGAUGUCACUGAUCUCAAUUUGAGUUCUUCCAUGGACCUUCACUUAUAGCAGUGGUAG